CAACAAAGAAAGUACCGCCUUCUGACCUGGAUUGAGCAAGACAGUGAUGUUCCCACCUUUUACAAGUAAGUGUUGAUACAUUGUGCCAGAAAAACCAAUUAGUUUUCUAUAAACACCGGCUUUGAUGCCAAACUUUUUUUUUUCAUAACUAUUUAUCUUCACACACAUCAAUCAACAGUUAAAUUGAUAACAAUAAUUGUAUUGCAACUCAUGCAACACCUAUAAAAAUAAUUAAAAAGUGUAAAUAUUCAUGUAUGUUACUCAGUUAUGUUUUAUAACGGUCAAUGCAGUUCCGAAUGUGCAAUUCUAAUAUUUUCAUCAUGCAAAAAGUAUAGGAUAAACAUUAGUGAAGAGGACUUGGGGAGGAAAUGUGACGACAGGGCUUCGAGGAAUGUAUUAUGCUGUAUAGGAUACCAGAGAUAAGAGAUGGCAGCUUAAUGAGUUAUGAUAGGGCGCUUCCUAUACUUGAUACAAUGGGAACAGAAAAAAAAACUGAAAAGACUGAAAAAGAGGGGGGGGUGGCAAUGGAGUGGUUGGGGACUGUUUUGGGUUGGGAGAGAUUGUAAGGAAUAUAAGGGAUGAUAAUUUCCAGUAGGCGUGACAGACAAAUAGCUUCAGGUACAAAUAGCUGCAAUAGGAAGUGACUGCAAUAAGAAAUGAUUUGGGUCACCCACAUGUAUACCUUAGAUAUUUUAUGAAAUGUGAACACAUUUAUACAUUAGUUUUAAAUAUAAAACCAACUAUCCCUUUACACACCAACCAUUUCAUCUGGCUACAUAGUCUCUAAGUACUGUCUUCUCAAGUCUUUUGGUGAGGAUGGGGCAGUGAAGAAAGGGGUGGACAGCAAAACGAAGUCAUGACAGGUCAUUGAUAGCUAACGCUUUACAAUAAAAUACAAAUGGAACUGCACUCAAUUCAGAUGAGCAGGGUAAUGGGUGCAACCAGACCUGGUGCUAGAACCAAAUCCAAAUAUUGUUAUAUACCAGUUGAAGAAAGAAGGUCCAGGCACUUCAAUGCUCUAUAGGCACAUUUAUUAGGAACUAGGUGAACACUACAACGUUUCAACCCUACCUGGCUCAACAAAGACCCGAUGUGGGGUUGAGACAUUGUGGUGUCCACCAUGUGCCCAUAGAGCAUGGGAGGAAUACUUGGACCUCUUUUUCUUCAUCUGAUAUCCAGGUUUUGGCACACCACACACUCACACUCUCUCUCACCCCACAUUUGAGGCUGCUUAAGCCAACCAAUCAGUGCUCUCUGAGUUAAAUUGCACGGCAUGGGACAGUUUUAUAAGGGUUUCUCCAUCCUGCAAGCUCAGUCAGCACAGAGUCCUCACAUAGUGAAGAAGGAUUAUUUUUUCAUUCCGGCACUUUGUGUUUUUUGUUUUUUUUUUACUAUUGGGCCAUUUUUACUUUUGAUUAGUUCGACACAACCUUUUUUGUGGCUGACUAAAAAAGAUGGGGAAAAAAAGACAUCUAAUGGUAAGUAUCAAUUUUUAUUUUUCAGGUAUUUAGUUUAUUGCCCCCUCACUAUUAUUAGGGUGAGGAGAGAAGAUAUGGUAUUUUUUACUAUGGGGGUGACUAUGUACUUCAGGAUACCUUGUUAUGGGGCGGGGGAUUAUUUUUAUUAUCAGCCACACCCACCACUAAUGGUUGUAGACUGGGAUGGGACAAUAUGCCCACCCCCAUUAUUAUUUAGUGCCCCCACCCACUGCCAAUGAAUAGGUCCACCCCCCAUUAUCAUAUGGGGCACCUAUCGAUCUCAUAUGGGUGCGCACUGGAAGGUACAAUAGGUCCACCCCCAUUAAUUAGGGCCCCCACCUGCGACCUAUGGGUGUGGGCUGGGUGGAGACAAUAGGUCUCCCAAAUAUUACCACUGUUGAGUAAGGGGGGGACCGCCGCAUUAUCACACCUGAUCACAGGCUCCCUCAUGGCUUAUUUACUAAGCACUAGUGAGGUGUGGGGAAGAGGGGGAGAGUUGGGAGACCACAUGGCUACACUGCAAUAUAAUGCAAGGGAGCGGGAUUACCAGCUCCUACGCGAUUACAUUUACAAAGCGCCAGUGAGGCAUGGGUGGGAAUUAUUAUUAUAUUAGCCCCCACCCUGGCUGCAAUAUACCUCAAGGGAGUGCAUGUGUUACUAGAGAGAGCGUUACAGAGGGAGAGAGGUGCUGGGGAGAGCGUUGCAGGGGGAGUGAGGCGCUGGAGAGAGGGUAACAGAUGGAUAAGUGCUGGAGAGAGCGUUGCAGGGUGGAAAGAGGCACUGGAGAAAGGGUAACAGAUGGAUAAGUGCUGGAGAGAGCAAUGCAGGGGGAGAGAGGCACUGGAGAGAGGGUAACAGAUGGAUAAGUGCUGGAGAGAGCGUUGCAGGGUGGAGAGAGGCGCUGGAGAAAAGGUAACAGGGUGAGAAGUGUUGGAGAGAGCAAUGCAGGGGGGAGAGAGGCGCUGGAGAGAGGCUAACAGAUGGAUAAGUGCUGGAGAGAGCAUUGCAGGGGGAGAGAGGCGCUUGAGAAAGGGUAACAGGAGGAAAGGUGCUGGAGACAGGAUACCAUGGUGGUCAUUUUUUGGUGGUGGUGUCACUUUUAAUCAAAUGAGUUAUUCCUAAAUAGUGAACUAGAAAAAUAGCUGAAUUUCUCCAAAAUGUUAGAUUGAGAAUUUUGCAAAUCCUUGCUGAAUAUCAGACAAGUCUUGGGUAAGCAAAUAACUAAUAAGUGUGUGAAGGUAACCGAAGGUAUAGAGAUGUUUGUGGGGCAAAGAGCUUACCGUCACUUCAAUACAAUUGUUUAAGUGUUAAGCUACUGUCUUUAUAUUUCUCAUGUAAACAAUAAACCUGGAAUAUAUUUACCUUAAUCCCUCUGUAGUCACUGCAAUUAUCCAUCUUUCACAAUAUAAUUCAGGGUUCAGUUAAAUACCUUCUUGUGUUUUUGUCAUUGUAACAGAUUAACUACAUUCAGCAGGAUACACUAGCUUGUCCAGACGUGACUCUUUGGUAAAUGAAACGUUCCUUUUUUUUUUAGAAGUGGGUGUGCUCUAAAUAAUGCUGGAAGGGCUGCACACUUUUUAUCUACUAGACAGUGAAGCAGCUCCCUACUCAGUCACUUCUGUUUUCUUUUCGGGAACAUCUUGUCUUAGAUCACUUACAUGUGGUCUCCACCACACUUAACAAUCCCGUAUUAGCUUCUACCGUCUCAGUUUGUUCCACCUGCAUGCCAAGGGAUGUGCGUUUAUAUCUACAAAGUGACUUUUUUUUUGUAAAGUUAGGACAAGCCAGAAAACCACAACGCACCUGUUCAUAUAAACUUCAAGUGAAAUGGAGGACAGAAGCCCUUUCUUCACAGCCCAAGUUAAACCCUAGACACCUAACUCUGUUGGACUGAUCUUCUGGAUUUGUUUAGAAGGUUCAAGGAAACCAAAAAAUGGAAAUUGCUUCAAUGUUAUGAUGUGAAAAAGGUGAACCAAGGAAUAUAAAACAUCUGCAUUAUUGUGGGAUCACAAAGCGAUACAGCUGAAAGAGAUUGGAAACUGGCCGAGUGGAAACAUUGAGUCUUUAUCUGAAGAAGACAACCUAGGCUUCACUUGGCAGUAAUACACCAAAACCACUCUGUUCCAGCUGCAGGUGAAAGUAGAUUUAUGAAGAGAGCCAUGUUGAUUAUCAUAGUGUGUUCUGCGCUUGUAACAAUAGGUAAUUACAUAGGUCAAUUAUUAUUUUUUUUAAUUAAUAUUUAAUUUGUAUACUACAUGCAGAGCCUAGACAAUGAAAUAAUAAUUUGGCUGUAUAGUAACAAGUAAAAAUUGGCAAAUAUCAAUGUAAACAUUUACAACAAUUUUUUAAUUUUUUUAUGUAUUUCUCUGAAUAAUAAUAAUUUGUGGUGUUCUUUAUAUCUUCUAAAACAAAAUUCCAAUCUACAAAACCCUGAAUGAUUUAUGAAUAACAGCUGUUUUUCGAAAUACAGAAAAAAAAAAACCAACACCAUUUACUAUUUAUGAACAUGAAACAUUCAGUAACAUUAGUUGCAAUAUUUAAAAAGAAUAUAAAUAUAUGUAUAUAUAUAUGUAUAUACAUUGCAUUUCCCAAAGCAAAUAUACCGCAGGACUUUUUCCAGAUUCUAGCACGGAGCAGAGUAGGAAUAUCUGUGUAAACAUUUGCCAAGUAAUAAUAUUUCCGAACUCAGCCUUUCUAAACAGAACAUCAUGUCCAAAUCCCCCCCCAAAAAAUGUGCAAAAGCUUGAAAUAGCAAAUAAACAGUGAACACAUGGUUAUUUCCAUGUUUUUGUGAAUAAUUCUCAAAGCAGCCAUGUGAUGGCCUUGUGUCAGUGAAAGUAAGACCGUUUUAAGGGGUCUUACAAUCUUAUAACUUGUUUAUAUCUCUUUUAUAACUUGCAUGUAAAGUGCACAGCCACUGCUUAAAGGAAAAACACAAGCACCAUAACCACUACAGCACACUAUAGUGGUUAUGGUCCAGGCGUGCUCUGACAUAAAACCAUUUUAAAUACACUGGUCCCUACAGAGAGCCAGUAGCUUAUGUUAGGUCUCUUAAGCUGAAAGUACUGUGCAAUGGGGUGGUACCAGGGAAGUCCUGGCAUUAUAACAAUUAUACAGCAUGCUAUGGUAGUUAUGGGGGUUUACUUUUAAGGGUUCAAGUCAAAAAAGCGAUGAGGAAUUAAUGCCUUGGUAUUUCUUUUCAAAUGUGUUUUAUAAUUAUAAUACAUUACGAAUCAAAUAAAGGAUAACAAACAGAUUUGGAAUCCCUAUUUAAAUUGAUACCAGAAUUUAUUUUUCAGUCAUAUUUUAUUGUGGUUUCUUCAAAUGUGGACAAAAGUUCUACCAAAGCCAUUUUAUCUAAUAACAAAAGAUAUUUGGUAUCAAAAUUGUUGUUGUCAGAAUGAUGCUUUAUAAAUGCUGAACCCCUUGCUCACGGUGCCUAGAGAGAUAUCAGCUAUGAUGAUGCCUAACAAGGCUGAAACGAUCGUCUGGGGUUGCUGUAUCUCUCGUGCAGAGAGAACUUGCUGGCAUUUCGGAUCUGGACUGCCCGUAUGGGUGGGACCAGUCUGAUAUGCUUCAGAUAUGUUCUCUCAGUAAUGGCACAAGAUGAGCUAAAACCAGCUUGAGAUAUGAGCGGGGACCCACCGAAGGGCAAGCUAUUUUAGCUGCUGUCCAUUCUCAGAAUACUCUUGUGACCCGUUUUUUGCUCUCCUUUAUAAACGCUGAGCAUCAUUUGAGCAACAUUGUAGUGAUGCUGCAUUCAUAAGAGUAAGUGCACUGUCUUUACAACACUGGGGUCUUUAACUUUAGGUCAUACACAUGGCUAAGGGGAAGUGAAGGUUAGGGGUACUUAAGGAUGUUAUUAGUAGUGAUUUAUGAAUAUGAAUAACUAAGCUGCUGUGGUAGUAGGUUCUAUCAUUCACAGCCUGGAGCAGCCUGAAGGUUACUCAAUCUCCAAUAUCUGAGGUCCAGUGUCCACAAGGUUAAUGUGUGCCUUGCUUUAACCCCUGCACAAAGGAAUGAAGCGAAGGUCAAAGAGUCCAGCUCUUUCACCCAUGCUGUAAUGAUGCUCACCAUUUACUCCAAUAAAUAUGUCAUAUCCUCUUCAUAAAUAAUCAUUCAGUAAAUUAAAUACAAUCUGAUGAGUUCUGGUUAAAACUUCCUAGAUGGAGCUGAACUGUUUUUAUAUUGGCUACCUAACUUGUCAGAACAGAGUAUUGUAAAUCAACUCUAAGUAUAUAAGCUGCAUAGAGAACUUGCACACUGAAUGGUUGUUUGACGAGGAUCUUAACUCAGCAUUAGAUGAUUCAUAAGGUGAGUAAAAUAGCUUUGCCUAAAAGAAAAUAUCAGGCAAUUUCUUUUAAGUUUGUGAAAUCUAUGGGAUUUUUCAAUUUUGUUUUUGCUGAUGAAGGAAGAUAUAAAUUUAAGAGAAAGCAGGCAAUAUAUGUUAGAGUGAGAUGAGCAAGAUAAAAAAUAAUACUUUAUUGAACAUUUUGUAAUGAACGAUGUGCCGGGAUUCUCUGCUUGAAUUCAAGGCAGGUUUCCAUUUGUUAGUGUAGAAAGAAUUUAAAUCAUGGUCACCUACGCAAAAUACACAGAUUGAAAAAGUAUGAAGAAAAUUAUACUAUGGAAUCUCUGGCAGGGAUAAAAGGGAUAAAACAGAAUUUGUGGAGGUAGCUUAAACAUUCUUUUUGUAUUCUGUGUGUGAGUUCUAAUAUCUGUGUGAAUAUAUGAGAUGUGCGAGGUAGGUGAUUAAUGUAACAAUAUGGUAAAUCAGUGACCAUGAAGCAUAAUGCCUUGGACAUGUCAUGAUUCCCUUUUAUUCCAGAAGUUUGGUCCUUAAGGGGUUAUGAGUAUAACUAGGCAUAUGUUAUUAUAUUUAACAGUGAUACCUUAUGGGCACCAGAGUUUAAUGAAGCAGUUUUGGUGCAUAGAUCGUGCCCCUGCAGUGUCACUGCUCAAUUUCUGCUCUUUAGAAGUUAAAUCACUUUGUUUAUACAUCCCUAGCCACACCUCCCUGCAUGUAGCUUACACAGCCUUCCUAAACUCUUCCUGUAAAGAGAGAUCUAAUGUUUUUACUUCCUGUUUAAUUUGUCUAAUAUCUAAUGUUUAACCAUUCUGUUUAAUUUAAAAUGUCUUAGCUCUUGCUCUGUAAAUAGCCUUGUAGACCCUACAGGAGCCUCCUGUGUGUGAUUAAAACUGAAUUAACAGAUGUGAAGAUAAGAACUUCUGAAGUAAACAUACUAUUCUAUAAGGUCUGAUUUAAAAAAAUAAACCUUUUUUAGGCAGGCUGUGUGAGUCACAGCCAGGGGAGGUGUGGCUAGGGCUGCAUAAUUAGAAGCAAAAGUGAUUUAACUUCUGUAUGGCAGAGGGUUUACCAGUGAGCCUGCAGAAGCAUGAUCUAUACACCAAAACCACUUUAUUAUGCUAAAGUUGUUUUGAUGCCUACAGUAUCCCUGUCACAGUUGUCUGUCCACAUGUUGACUUGAUUGGUUGAAUAGUAACACCUCCCUGCAUGUGACUUACACAGCCUUCCUAAACUCUUCCUGUAGAUAGAGAUCUAAUGUUUAAACUCCUUGUUAAAUUUUUCCAAUAUUUAAUGUUUAACCAUUUUGUUUAGUUUAACAUUUCCCAUCUCCUGCUCUGUAAAUAGCCUGCUAGACCCAGCAGGAGGCUCUUGUGCAUGAUUAAAAUUGAAUUAACAGAGGAGUAGAUAAGAACUUCUAAAGUAAACACACUGUUCUGUAAGAUCUGAUUGAAAAUUAAAUCAUUUUGUUCAUGCAGGCUGUGUGAGUCACAGACAGGGGAGGUGUGGCUAGGGCUGCAUAAGCAAAAGCAAAAGUGAUUUAGCUUCUAAAUAGCAGAGGAUUUACCAGUGAAACUGCAGAGGCAUGAUCUAUACACCAAAACCACUUUAUUAUGUUUUGAUGCUUAUAGUAUCCUUGCCACAGUUGUCUAUCUGUGUGUUGACAUGAUCGGCUGAAGACAAAGUGACGAGGUGCAAAAUAUAUUAUCCUUAGCAACAUAAGUUUGACUGUGUAACCAAUAAAUUACAUAAAUCUUGAGCAGGGAAUGUCCUCACACAGAUUUUGUUAUGACUCUCCAUUGUGGCCACAAAUGUAAACACUGCAAUAAACCACUAAAACUGGCACUGACUGUGCUUGUGGAACUAAAAUUACUGAGAAAAGAUAAUGGUAGCCUUCUAUCUGCUUUAAAAUCUUGACUCCAUAUACCAAUACAGUUAAAAAUAACUGCCCUAAAUAUAAUCUAUAAUAUAAACUGAAUUUAGAUUUAAACCUUUUUGCUAUUUUGAUGUUGUUGUACCCAUGUUAACAUAAUUUUUCAGGUGCAGCAUUGAAGUGUGAGGUUUGCUACUCUCUAAGCUCAAACAGCUGCUCUGGUCACUACGAGACGUGUUCUAGUUCCCAGGACCGAUGUAUGGAAACCUUGACCCAGACCUCUAUCGGUAAGUAGGGAAAUUAAUACAUUUUAGAUAUUUUCUAUUCUUUGCACCAUUUUGUUAAAGUUGAAAUUUAAUAUUUAAAUUGUGUUCCAAUUUUAAUCAAAUAUUUUUAAAACACAAAGUGGAAAAUUGCACAAUACUCUUUUUUUCUUUUCGUUUGAGACAACUGUAUUUUAAUUUUGUUCUUAUUAGAAUUGCAAUGAAUGUUGUCCCAGUGAUUUAGUGUUUAAUAAUUAAUAAUUAAUAAUUUAAAUCUACAUAUAUAAGGGAAUUAAAAGUCUUACAGCCACACCUUUGGAUUUAACAGAAUCAGUAAUCUAUUGAUAAGUGCUAUUACCUAGCUUAAAGGAAAGCUCAAAGCAUCAUAACCUCUAUGGUGUGUUUUAGUGGCACCCGGAGUGACAUGGUGUCCACCUCCACCCUGUAAGUAGUAAAAAAAAAAAUGUAAUGUAAGCAUCAGAACUGGGCCAUGGAGCAAUGGGAGCAGGUUACCUGGUCUGAUGAAUCACGUUUUCUUUUAGAUCAGGCAGAUGGCUGGGUGUGUGUGCAUCAUUUACCUUGCAAAACAUUGACAGCAGGAUAAACUAUGGGAAAGCCUGGUGUUCAUGUAGAUGCUACUUUGACACAUACCACCUACCUAGAGAUUGUUUCAGACCGCCCCUGCAUGGCAAUGGUGUUCCCUAAUGGCAAUGGCGUCUUUAAGCAGGAUAAUGCUCACUGUCACAGUGCAAACAUUGUCGAGGAAUGGUUUGUGGAACAUGACAAAGAGUUUAAGGUGUUGCCUUGGCCUCUAAAUUCCCCAGAUCUGAAUUCGACUUAGCAUUUGUGGGAAGUGCUGGAACAACAAAUCUUAUCCAUGGCGGCCCCACCUUGCAACUUGCACGACUUAAAUGAUCUGCUGCUCAUGUCUUGGUGCCAGAUACCACAGGACAUGCCUUGUUGCAUCAGGGCUGUUUUGGCAGCACCAAGGACACCUACACAAUAUUAGGCAGGUGGUCUAAUGUGUGACUGAUCAGUAAAUGUGUGUAUAUAUGCUUCCAUGCAUAUUCUGGAUGGUUAAAUGUGAGUACAUACUUUCUUAAUCUGUGUAAGUUUUUUAACUCUCACCCUUCUAGUACCAUCUUUUGUCCUGUUUGUUUGUCACUUCUAAUCCUUGAUUGAUCAUGUUCCCACAUUUUCUGGGGGUUGCCAGAGUGAUAUGGACCAAUAAAUGCCCUCCAAGCCUUUUUAAAGGACCACUCUAGGCACCCAGACCACUUCAGCUUAAUGAAGUGGUCUGGGUGCCAGGUCCUUCUAGGGUUAACCCAUUUUUUCAUAAUUAUAGCAGUUUCAGAGAAACUGCUAUAAUUAUGAAUGGGUUAAGCCUUCCCCCAAAGCCUCUAGUGGCUGUCUCAUUGACAGCCACUAGAGGCGCUUGCGUGCUUCUCACUGUGAUUUUCACAGUGAGAGCACGCCAGCGUCCAUAGGAAAGCAUUGUAAAUGCUUUCCUAUGCGACGGGCUGAAUGCGCGCACAGCUCUUGCCGCGCGUGCGCAUUCACCCGGCGGGGAGGAUCGGAGGCGGAGAGGAGGAGGAGAGCUCUCCGCCCAGCGCUGAAAAAAGGUAAGUUAUUACCCAUUUCCCCUUUCCAGAGCUGGGCGGGAGGGGGUCCCUGAGGGUGGGGGCACCCUCAGGGCACUAUAGUGCCAGGAAAACGAGUAUGUUUUCCUGUCACUAUAGUGGUCCUUUAAAGUUGUUUCCACCCAUAUCCUUUGGCUUAUUGUGCUUUCUGUUCUUGUACCUGAUUAGCAUGUUCUUGAUAUAUUUCUGGUUAACUUCUUUUUGGAUUCUGAGUUCCUCUGUGACCCUGACCUGGCUAGUGUCCAGAUUUAAUGAAACACUGACCCGGGUAGCACCUCCAAUUAUCUGUUUAUCUAUAACUCUGACCUUGUCUAUUGACCACAACUUCUGUUUGCUACACAUUUAGCCCAGCCACUCUAAGGUCCAGAAAUAGAUAUAUUUGGUCUCUCCUGUUCAUUUUCUUAAGUUCUGUGUAUUAAGGUAUAUUUACCACAACUACAACUUGCUCUCACGUUGAUUUAACUUCGAAAUCUCAACUCAGCUUUGAAUUCUUUGGAUAGUUUUUUAUCAGAAAUGCUCUAGACGUAAGAAAGAGAAAUCUCUCCCUUGUCAUUUGAAAAGUUCCAAAGUUAUUUUAACGUACAAUUAUUAUCAAGAUGCCCAUUUCAUCUGUAUUUUUACAUUUGUUUAUUUAUAAAUGAAAACAAUGGCUCAGGUUCAAACAUUUAAUCACUGACAACUUGUUGAAGUUUAUUUUUGUACUUUAAGACAUGACAUGCAAAAGAGAAACCAUCAUGCUUUAUCUAUUUUAGGGAACGAGUCACAUUUCACUCGAAGGAGUUAGGAGUGUCUAUUUCUUGCAUAAAACGUCAUUUCCACUAAACAGUGCACUGAGUGGAAUAUACUACAGAUUUGAACAUUUGAUUGGAAAUAAUCUGAUAUGCUCACAGAACCAACAUGGAAAAUGUUUUUAAGUUUAGCUAAUUUGGCCUUUAUUAGUCAAUUCCUAACACUUCAGUUAACUGAGUAAACGUGAAAGUAGUUCAGUUUUAUAAAGAAAAAAAGUUUCGUAUUUUGUUCAUAUUAUACUAAUAGUGAUCAUGGGACGUUUCUCAUUCCUGUGCUGACAAUGACAAAGUGGAAGUCUAUUCCCUAAACAGCAACUUGUUAUCAGAUGAAAAACAAUUUACAUAAUCAAGGGCUGAAACAGUUGUGAUAAAAAUAGAGAUUUAAUUAAAAUCCUCCUGAUUUUCAAAUUUCUUUUAAAAUGCAGCUAUUUUGACUUAGCUUUCGCCUGUCAUUCCCUAACUGUCAUUACUGUUUAGUAGGCUCAGUGAUUGUAUUUGUCUAAAUUUAAAUUUGGGGAAAGUUUUAGCUAAUUGGGUGUUUGGCCAAAUUUCAGAAUUUCAAACAAAAUUUUACUGGAAUUCCAAAUUACCCAAAAUCAGUGGUAUUUGGGCCAUUUUGGAUUAUUUGAAAUUGGGAUUUCUGUGGCUACUGCUACUCAAGGCUGGUGCAAGGAUUUUUGCCGCCCUAGGCAAAAGAAUAAUUUGCUGCCCCCCCAUAUGCGCUGCCCACCAUGUGAUAUCACAAUGCCCCAAUUUGUGUAGGCGAUGCAGUGUGUGUGUGUUGUGGAUGAAGUGUGUUUUUGUGUAAAGGAUAGAAAACAGUGUGUGUGUGUAAGGGAUGUAUUGUGUGUGUAAGGGAUGCAUUGUGUGAAUCUGUGUUUGUAUGUGUAACGGAUGCAAGGUGUGUUUAUGUGAAUGUAAGGGAUGCAGUGUGUGUGUCUGUAAGGGGUGCAUUGAUUGUCUCUAAGGGGUGAAUUGAGUGUGUGUAAGAGAAGCAGUGCGCGUUUGUGUGUGUGUGCAAGGGAUGCAGUUUGUGUAUAAGGGAUGCAGUGUGUGUAUAAGGGAUACAUUGUAUGUUUUUGUGUAUGUGUGCAAGGGAUGCAUUGUCUUUGUGUGUAAGGGAUGCAUUGUGUGUGUAAUGGAUGCAUUGUGUGUUUCUCUGUGUGUAAGGGAAGCAUGGUGUGUUUCUAUAUGUGUGUGUGUGUAGGGAUGCAUUGUGUGUUCCUGUGUAUGUAUAGGGUUGCAUUGUGUGUGUAUUGUGAAAGAGAGAGUUUGUGGGGUAGGAUAGGGGCUGAGAGGGGAGCAGAAAAAACAUUUUUUUUCUGUUUUGCAUCUUAUAUCCCCCUUUAGUGUAUCUCUUGCAAGCCCCUUGUUUGUCUCUUAUCCCCCCUCUUUGUAUGUCUCCUACAUCCUCCCAACUUGUUUGUAUGUCUUACUCCCCCAAGCCCCUUUGUGUGUGUCCCUCACGAGCCCCUCUGUGUGUCUCUUUCUCCCCUACCAUCCCUUUGGUGAUUCUACUUCCCCCCUUCCUUAGCCUCUCAGUGUGUCUUCCACUCCCCUGUCCCUUAAUAUUCUCUUUCACUCCCACCCAUCCCUUGGUGGUCUCUUCUCCUCUCCCUGUCCCUUAGAGCUCUCCCCUCUUGUCCCUUACUGCUAUCCCCUCCUGUCCCUUAGUGCUCUCUCCUACCUUGGUGCCAAUUUAAAUUUGUAAGAAACACAUUUUUUUUACCAUGAACAAGUUUACUGCUUAGUGCCUUUAUCUUGUAAUAUGACACUGUUAAUGUAUCUUUAUAAAGAACAAGGGUUACAGUUCUGAAUAAUGGUUCUGCAAUACAAGGUGGCUUUUGAUAAAAUCUCAAAUCCAGAGAUAAACAUUAAAUGAUUGACUUUUCUAAAUUAUAAAAUUGUCAUUAUACUAUUUCCAGCAAGGCAGGAAAAACUCGACAAACUUUCUUAUUUAUAUAAAGCAAAAAUAUCUUCCAUGAAAUAUCAAUCAACUUGUAAAGAAAUUGACUAAUUCGGAAGAUCAUAUUUAGCAAAUCCAAAAUAUUGAUACAAGUUUAAAACAGGUCUUUUUUAUGUAAGAUGUUAGUAGGGGGAAAUUGUGAUUGUGCUGCUUCAAGUUCUAACUGUUGAUCUUAAUGUGUUUGUUUAUCAGGAGAUGUGGAGAGUGUGGCGCUUGAAAAAUCAUGUGGGAGCCUCUAUAAAUGCAUGCAUCCAGCAAGUCUGACAGCUCCGAACUAUAGGGUGAGCGUGACUACCCUGUGUUGUGACACAGACUACUGCAACAACCGCACAAUGAAUUGUAAGCAAUCUGAUCUGUUGGCACUUUUAUCACAAAUGAGCAAGCUUCUCUAUUUUUGUUUCAUCUUUUGCCAAGUGUCGCUGCUGUUUAAAGCAAACGUUUAAAUUAAACAUCUCACAAAGAGGAAAGAAGACUAAAAAUGUAUCCAAAAUACAAUGUUUAUACUCGUGCAAACCCUUGACAAAAAAGAAUAAAUUGUCUGUGGAUUUCCUGUUAAAGUGAUAUAUUUUUGGAUCUGUUACAAGAAAAAGACUAAAAAUGCAUAAAAGAAUGCAAAUCAAUGAGGUGCUCCAGUUUUUUAAUAUAAUGGUGUUAAAAGACUGUGUUUCUUUAAUGACAUUUUCCAUUUAAAACCACGUUUUCCUCGCGAAUGUCCAAAUCUUUAAAGGAUCACUAUAGUGUCAGGAAAACAAACUCAUUUUCCUGACACUAUAUAACCCUUAGGUCCCCCCCACCCUCUGGGUCCCCCUCCUGUUGGGCUGAAGGGGGUUAAAACCCCUUCAGCCACUUACCUUAAUUCAAUGCCGGGCUUUUUCGGAGCUGGUGAACUUUUCCUCCCCUGCCGACGUCAGCUGCCGAGUGGAGUGGAAUGCGCAUGCGCUGCAAAAGCUGCGCGCGCAUUCUAAGAGUUCAUAGUAAAGCAUUUCUCAAUGCUUUCCUAUGGAAGUUCUGCACGCUGGAUGCAAAUUUCACAUCCAGCGUCCCAGAAGUGCUUUUAGCGGCUGUCAGGAAGACAGCCACUAGAGGCUGGAUUAACCUUGCAAUGAAACGCCUCUGAAACUGCUACGUUUACAUCUGAAGGGUUAAAACCUGGGGAACCUGGCACCCAGACCACUUCUUUGAGCUAAAGUGGUCUGGGUGACUAUAGUGUCCCUUUAAUAAAUGGGAGAUUAUUCACUGAAGUUUUACAAGAUAGCAAACAGGUCUCAAAAUAUAAAUUAAUAUAAACAAGUUCAAACAAAUAGAACAGAAAUUGAUUGUUUUUCCAAACUGUGACCUGCUAACUAAUGAUUAAACCCCAUUUCUGCUGGGAAUUGGAAAGGUACAGCUUAUGUACUUUAGACAAAAAAACACGUAAAAUUCUGCAGAGGAAAAUUUUUGGCCUAAAAAAAUUUCAGUAUAUUGCAUUUAAAAUUCAUUUCGGAGAGCACUGCCAUAUUAGCCCUUUGGAUCAUAGCACUAGACAGAUGUUGGAUGAGAAUGAUGCAGAUUAAAUCGGAAACACAUUGUGCUGUUGGCUUUAUAAUGUGCGCUGUGGCCAAUGACUGAACUGCCCAGAUUUGGCCACAGAAUUCUUGUGGAAGCAAACUGUGUUUUUUAAUGGACCCUAGCCAAAUGUUGAAUGUUGGAAAAGCAAAACAUAGUCUACCUUAGGCAUAGUUCACAUUAGCUGUGAAACUACAACUCCCACUAUGCUCUGCGAGUCUUAAUGGGUUAUUUUUUGGACACUCCUGGUCUCUUGUAUUUCCAACAUUCAGAUCAUCCUACUAGCAAAGACUUUUUUCUGAAAGUCAUUUUUGUAAACCAUUAAUCUCCUUACAUUCUGCAUAAACUACACCUGGAGUUAUAAACUAGUUUACCUUUAAAAUUUUAUCAAACCUUCAAAGCAUCCUUCUUUAAGAGGAUAGUUACUGUUUCGAUCCCUUAUUAUUAUUUAUUUUAUUUUUUUAAAGGGUUUGAUGUAUAAAGGUACAAUAGACACUUGCAGCAUUAAUUACCUAAAAUAAGUCUCCAUCUUUAAGGGGACACUCUAUGCACCAAAACAACUGUAGCUUAAUGAAGUAGAUAUUGUGUAUAUAGCAUGCCCCUGCAGUCUCACUGCUCAAUUCUCUGACAUUAAGUAGUUUAGCUAUACAUUUCUUACAUCAUGUUUUGUUAAUUGCCUGCUAGAGCUUGCAUCAAUCCUGUGUGUGAUUAAAGUUCAAUUAACACAGCAGGAGAUUUAAAAAUAAUUAAGUUAAACAUGCUGUGCUGUAAGAUCUGAUUGCACAUUAGACUGCUUUAUUCAUGGAGGCUCAGUGAGUCACAGCUAAGGAGUAGAGAUGUCGCGAACUGUCCGCCGAACUGUUCGCGAACUGUCCGCCGGCGAACAAUAGCGUGUUCGCGUUGGGCGAACAUAUCCGAUUUCCGGUCCGCCCCCUAUACGUCAUCAUUGAGUAAACUUUGACCCGGAACCUCACAGCCAGCAGACACAUUCCACCCAAUCAGCAGCAGACCCUCCCUCCCAGGAAGUGUCUGCUGACUGUGAGGUUCCGGGUCAAAGUUUACUCAAUCAUGACGUAUAGGGGGUGGACCGGAAAUCGGAUAUGUUCGCCCAACGCAAACACGCUAUUGUUCGCCGGCGGACAGUUCGCGAACAGUUCGGCGGACAGUUCGCGACAUCUCUACUAAGGAGGUGUGGAUAUUGCAGCAUGAGCAGAAUCAAAAUUUAAAUGGCAGAGAACUGAGCAGUGAGUAUGUUCUAUACACCAAAACUGCUUCAUUAAGCUAAAGUUGUUAUGGUGAUUAGAGUAUCCCGUUAUUGAUUGAAAAUGUUGGGUGGUUUAUUUUCUAUACUCAAACUUUUACAAAUAAGUUAGAAUAUACGUGCUAUAAAUACUAUUUCAACUAUAUAAAAUUGCACCAAAUAGCUAAUUCACCAAAAAGGGAUUAAAAAGAAUUUACUAAGGGAUUGCAACUUAAAGGGCCAGGAUAACUGAAGUGAAAAUGUUCACCCACGCAGCUAUGUUUCCAGCUCAGCAACUUUAGCUUAAAAUGUGCAAUUCUCCUGUUAAUGAUUUGCCAUUGCCAUUUAGUGAAUAACCUGAAAGAUUUUACUUCUUAAAAAAAUAAUAGCAGGGAUUUUGUAGCUUGGUUUAAGUAUGCCAAUUAUUAAAGUUUUACAUUUGAGAUGGAUUUUAUUUUUGAGUUGGAGUGAUCUUUUAAAAUUACUUAGACCUGUGACAGCAUGAAGAAUGCCAUUGUUAAAGAAUACAGUGGGGAUUACCUAUAAAAUGCAAAUAAGGAACAAAAAUGUACAUGUUGUGGAAUCAGUAGUCAUUCAUGAUUUCAAGGACUCAGUUUUGGAUCUCAUCACUAAACUGUGAAUCUGUGUGUCUUGAGCUCAUUUUAUAGCGUUUCAUGUGUAUUUUAAAUAACUUAUAACAAAAAACUGUAUGCGUUUAACAAAUCAGGUAAUUGUGUCACUAUUUUUCAGGGAAAACAGAAAAUUCCACACUGAACGGAAUGAAUUGUCCAUCCUGCUUUUCGAAAAAUUCAGAAACCUGUGAUAAGCUGAUACCUUUGAACUGUACAGGAAAUGAAACCCACUGCAUCCAAUUUACUGCAUCCAGACAUCGAGGUAAAAAAAUAAAAAUGUUUUUGGUAUCUGUCUCUGUUUUUCAAACACUGGGUAGGAUGGAGGUGGAAUCCUAAUUUAAUUUAAUCAUUUUACAGUAUUUACCAUUAGUGAUGUCCCGAACUGUUCGCGAACCAUUCGGCGAACAGUUCGGGACAUCACUAUUUACCAUAUAUCUGUACAUUGAGCCUGUCACUAGCUUAAAGGAAAAUUGUGUGGUCUAGAUGUUAUUAAUACCCAGAUUAAUUGAACUAAUUUAGCCAACUAUGCUUUGAUGAAUCAACCUUAUUCGGAAUCAAACUUUUAUCUCUGAUACUCGGCAUUGGGAGAGCUGGCCAUUUCACUAUUGACCCACACCUUCUUUGAGUAGGGCAGUAAGUAUCGUAGUUCUCAUUCUCUUCAAACAGAUGCUAAUCAAACUGUAAAAAAAAUGAGUAAAACAAACAUUUACUGAUGAAUGAGUAAUAAAUCUAAAUAUACAAUCUGGGAGCAUUCGAUAAAAUGGACUGAAAGUACAAUAUUAAGAACAGAAAAAUAUUUACUUUUAAAGUUACAUUUGCUGCAAAUCUACAGAAUUGAAAACAUCUACAUUGAGGUAUCCCUUCACCAGGAAGUGGCUGAAACCACUCAUUUAAUUCUAUAUCUCACUGUUUGCUGUAUUUGUGUUGAGGAGAGGCCUAAAUGGCACACAGAGGGGACGUUUGGCUUCUGAAUAUCCACUAAUAGAACAGUUACGCGAGCUAUUGACAGAUUAUUUUCAUUCUUUUUUGUUAGUUGAGCAAGAGUGUAUUUUUUUCUAGUGUGCUCCAUCAUUUCCAAUCAGUUCCAAAUUUGUUGAGGUAUGAUAAAGUAAAGACAAAGAAGUUUUGUACCUCGUCCUAGGAAUUUCACAAAGGCUGGAGUACGGAGUACUAGUAGUGACCAAAACAGGAUGUUCAUUUGUGGUUCUGUGAACCAUUGCAAUAAAGCAAAAAAAGGAAAACUAGCGUGAUAACCAUCUUUCCACAGAAAGGGGAAAUUUCACAUUUUAAAUUGUUUCACUUACAGAUCAUGCCAGUUGUAGUCGUAUGCUAAAAGUUCAUGUUUUGGUUAUCAUCUGAUAGUUAAUGUCAAACAUAGCAGAGUAUGCUACACAGUGAUCAUAAGUGGCUCUUUCACUUUCAAAGUGAAUAUUUUAUAAAGAUUUCGCUUUAUUAUAUGCUUAUUUUUUGAGGGAAAAUUGACUCUUUCUUUUUUCUUUUUUUUGGGGGGUAGGGUGUGUAGGAGAUAUUGCUAGAUGUGGCAUGGAAACAAAUUUAAAACAAAUGAAUAUGAAUAAAAAAGAUAAAUAUUAUGCUAUUCCAUUGAGAAAAUAGCAUGUUGUCUAUUUAAAAAUAAUAUGAACAUUUACAAGCCUGCAGUGUAAAGGAUUCUCCUCAUUCCUUUUACUGCUCUACAGUUUUGCUUCUUAUUUGUUUAAUUUAGUAUUUUUUUCAACUAUUUAUACACUCAUUCUUUUCACACCUCCUUCUUUUCUAAUUGUCUGACCUAUUUUCUCAUCAUCUUCAGUCUGCACUGUUUUUCCUUUUCACCUACCAUUUGUUUGUUGUCCACACCAAUAUCUCCUACUUCAACACCACCUUUAUAUUUUACAUAGUUACAUAGUUACAUAGUAACAUAGCUGAAAAGAGACUUGCGUCCAUCAAGUUCAGCCUUACCCCCACUCCACAUUUAAUGUCUUCCCUUGCCUCAGUACAUCACACUUCUAAUUCCUGCCAACUUUCCAAUUCUCCUCUCCCCUUACCAUUCUCAUUACUUUCCCUUUUAUAUUAUUAUUAUUAUUAUUAUUUAUAAAGCGCCAACAAGUUCCGUAGUGCUGUACAAUGGGUGGAUUAACAGACACGUUACUGUAACCAGACAAAUGGACGCACAGGAACAGAGGGAUUGAGGACCCUGCAAUGAGCUUAAAUGCUAGAGGGUGUGGGGUUAUAGUGACACAAAAGGUAAGGGUAGGGUAGAAAAGUAGGUUUCUGGGAUAGUAUUCACUGAGGGCUUAGAGUUUUGUUUUGAUGGCCGUUGCAGGAGAGGAAUCAGGGUGUGGGGCGGGGAAACUGUUCACAGUUUAAUUGAUACAAUUUCCUAAAGGAGUACAUUUUCAAAUAUUUUUUGAAGGAGUGGAGACUGGGUGAAAGUCUAACAUACUUUAUCAACCUAGCUUCCCCUCACACCCUUCUAAUUUCCUGUUUUUACACAUUCCUUUAGUCUACACCUCCCUAUCUUCUAAUCAAACCCCUCUUCCACCCCUUUUAUGAUUUAAUCGUAUCUUCUCAUUUAAAAAGCUUAUCAUUUCUAUUUUCCCAUUUUACCCCCAUUUCACUUCCUCCCUACUGAUCUUUUCAUUUCCUCUCUCAUGCUAGCCUAUCUUAGCCCUCUUACCAUUAUUAUCCAACAUCGCCAUUUUAUUUGUCUCAUAUCUUCACAUCUAACCUCUGUUCUAACUUAAUCUCUUACUAUAACUUAACUUUAGUUAUUCUCUCCCUUUACCUAUCACCACACGCAUAUUUGUUUUGGUGGCUUGAGUACUAAAAGGGACACUAAAGCGUUAGGAAUAUCAACAUUUUACAGGGUUAUUCACCAAAGUGAAAAUUCAAAGUGAAUUCAGAGUGAAUUCCCAGUGUAACAGCCACUGGAAGUGUGUUUAACCUGUCAAUGUAAACUUUGCCAUUUCUGCAAAACAGCAAUGUUUUACCUAGAAGGGUUAACUUGACAAGGCCAACACCCUGGCCUCUUCAUUGAGAUGACACUGCUUUACUGGUUCUUUAAGUAUUGUGUAAGUGGUUCCAUGUAUGAACAAUGGUAGCGGGUCUUCGCCAGAAGAGGAUAAGAACCGGUUAUCUAGUGCCAUAAUAGCCUUCUUUAGAGCAGGUGCCCAAAAUUGCACAGCAUAUUCAAUAUGUGGUCUUACCAGUGAUUUAUAAAGAGGCAAAAUGAUAUUCUCAUCCCGAGAAAGAAUGCCCUUUUUCAUGCAUGACAAUACCUUACUGGCCUUAGCCACUGCUGAUUGACAUUGCACAUUGUUGCAUAGUUUGUUGUCUAUAACAAUUCCCAAGUCCUUUUCGUGUGUUGUUAUCCCUAAUUCGCUUCCAUUAAGGGUAUACGUUGCUUGUAUAUCAUCCACAUCCAGAAGAGGAUAAUAACUGGUGCUAAGAGGUGGUUGCAUCGUGGUGGCUUCCUGACACAUCAAGGCUCUACUUCAAAACUGUUAAUGUUGACCAAUAAUAUGACAUCAUCAUAGUUACAUAGUUACAUAGCUGAAAAGAGACCUGCGUCCAUCAAGUUCAGCCUUCCUCACAUUUGUUUUUUUGCUGUUGAUCCAAAAGAAGGCAAAAAAAACAGUUUGAAGCACAAUUUUGCAAUAAACUAGAAAAGAAAUUCCUUCUUGACCCCAGAAUGGCAGUCAGAUUUAUCCUUGGAUCAAGCAGUUAUUACCCUGCAUGAAAGAUUAUAUCAUUGAAUAUUCUGUUUUUGCAAGUAUGCAUCUAGUAGAUGUUUGAACAUCUAUAUGGACUCUGAUAAAAAAAACACUCCUUCAGGCAGUGAAUUCCACAUCCUGAUUGUUCUUACAGUAAAAAAAACCUUUCCUUUGCCUUAGAUGAAAUCCUAUUUCUUCCAGUCUAAACGCAUGGCCUCGUGUCCUAUGUAAAGUCUGGUUUGUGAAUAGAUUUCCACACAGUGGUUUGUAUUGGCCCAAAUAUAUUUGUAAAUUGUUAUCAUAUCCCCUCUCAGGCGACGUUUUUCUAAACUAAGUAGGUUUAAAUUUGUUAACCUUUCUUCAUAGCUGAUAUGUUCCAUUCCUUUAUUAAUUUUGUAGCCCGCCUCUGCACUUUUUCUAGUGCCAUAAUAUCCUUCUUUAGAGCAGGUGCCCAAAAUUGCACAGCAUAUUCACUGUGUGGUCUUACCAGUGAUUUAUAAAGAGGCAAAAUGAUAUUCUCAUCCCGAGAAUGAAUGCCCAUUUUCAUGCAUGACAAUACCUUACUGGCCUUAGCCACUGCUGAUUGACAUUGCACAUUGUUGCAUAGUUUGUUGUCUAUAACAAUUCCCAAGUCCUUGUCGUGUGUUGUUAUCCCUAAUUCGCUUCCAUUAAGGGUAUCCGGUGCUUGUGUAUCAUUUUUCCUGUAGAAGUAUCAUCUUAUCAUGCUCAUUGAACAUUUCAAUCUAUUAAAUACUCUUUGAAAUACUUCUGAAGUGGACUUACAUUAGUGAAAAGGGGUAUCCUGUUUAAUAGGAAGGAAAUCCAUAGCUUGUUCCAUUUGGAAAGUAUUAGAAGAGUAAUUUGUACUUUUCCCUUUUAUGUUAAUAUUAGAUUAAAACAAAAGCCCUGAAUUAAAAGGUUAGAUGCAGUUAAUAGAAUUAAACAAACAUCAUUAGUACAUAUUGCUGGCAGUAGAUAAAGGUUGUUUUGAAUACACUAUGGAAUGCAUCAUCAUCAUCAUGAGUGAGAUCUGGCAAGAAUCGUGCUGACAAUUCUUGGUAAUCUCAACAAAGCCUCUUUGACAAAGUCAGGGAGAUUCUUUUGUUCUUGAAUAAUAUUUAUAUUUAGACUAUAUCAAGACCUUGUCCUCAUCUGCACCCAGUUACCAAUGGGGAAAAUAGAUUAUAUUAACAAGACAUAUAAUCUAUGCAUUAUAUACGCUACCACCAUACCGAUGGCCGAAUUUGAACUCUAAUCAAAGUGUAGACCUGGGAAUCGGUCCUGGAAGGUAAACCAUAGGCUCCCACUGUCUGUUAGAAUCCUUUCUUCUAUUUGUAAAUAGAAAAAUGAGAAAAUUUCUACAUUUCAUUUUUUGUUAAUACCUCACAAAUACAUAUUUGUUAUAUAUAUAAAGUUACGUAAACAUAAUAUUAAAAAUCUUGAGAAGUGACAUUUCCCUUUUAUAUUUAAAGGACUACUAUAGGCACCCAGACCACUUCAGCUCAAUGAAGUGGUCUGGGUGCCAGGUCCAUCUAGGGUUAUCCCUGCCUGCUGUAAACAUAGCAGUUUCCAGCCUCUAGUGGCUGUCUCACUAGAGGCGCUUCCUAUGAGAAUGCUUUCCUAUGGACUGGCUGAAUGCGCGAGUGGCUCUUGCCGCGCAUGCGCAUUCAGCCGAUGAUGGCCAAAGGAGGAGGAGAGUCCCCAGCGCCAAGGGAGCCCGGUGCUGGAGAAAGGUGAGUGUUUAACCCACUUCCUCUCCAUUCAGCACAGCAGGAGGGGGACACUGAGUGUGGGGGCAGCCUCAGGGCACUAUAGUGCCAGGAAAACGAGUUUGUUUUCCUGGCACUAUAGUAGUCCUUUAAAUUUUAAAAAUGUCAAAGUGUAUUUUUUUUCAAGCCAGAAUGAAAACCUGUGAGUAAAAAGUAAAUAGCAUUGAUUUGGUCUCUGACUUGUAAAAUUUAGGGUAAAUUUGGGGAUUUCUCAAGUUCAGCUAAAUAUGAAAAAUGACAGAUAAGAAAAAAACAAAAACACAAUUUACUCAUUUGUUUAUUGAUAAAGUUAGAAUGAUGUUAAUGUUUAGUAUACUGUGUGAAUGCAACUCUUAUUUGAACUUGGAAUCUGAACAUAAAUAUCAAUUAUAACACAGCUCACAUUCCAUUUCACAACUAUUAAACAUCUAUUUUGUACAUAACAAAAGGUUCUGCCACAUAAUACAUCACAGGUGCUAUAACAUAAUAUAAUAUUACUGUUUGAUACACACAGCAUUCUCAUUAUUCUCAUUAUUGUAGUAAAUAAAAAGCAACAAAUCACAUUGUAUACCAAUACCUCACAGUCUGUUCUAUAGCACUAUUAUAUAGCAAUGUCCUUUGAUGGAGUACUGCAUUGUUAAAGUCAAGUCAAGCCUGCUGCUAUUUUUGGCGUAUUACGUUCUGCUAUUUCUUUCUUCUUUUUGAAGUGCCGUUGGGAGGCUCGAAACUGUCCCUGAAACAAUAACUGUGCCUCUCUCACGUCAUCUCCCAUGACAGAGAUUGGUCAACACUAGACCUGUUAGGACCUGACCCAUUUAUACAUAUUACUUGAUUAUUUUAUAAUUUUCAGAGGACUUGAAGUGUUUUAAUAAAUAAUAAAUUUAGGGCUUAUAGUAUAAAAAAUCAAGAUGGAUGGAUGGAUGGAUAGAUAGAUAAAUUCAUGCUUGUGCUGUUUCAACUCAGACUAAUUUGGUUGAUUCAAUAAUUUUGGAAAUAUUAUUUGGAUUAACCUAAAGAGCAUGAAAAUCAGUAUACUGCAACAUUUAUACAUAAUAUAUAUAUAUGACCCCAGAAGGACACAGCUUCAGAAGUAGAAAAGGGCAGGAUGACGGAAUAUUAAAGCCGUGUGUCCUAAAAGGUGAUAUUGGUUUCAAUUAGUAACCAAUAGAGGGGAGUUAAGGAUAAUCAGUGAAAAAUAAUCUAUAUUGAUUUAUUUGGUUAGUGACUGUCCAAUAAUCAUCAAUCAUCUUUUUUUCCCAUUUUUAUGAUACAACCGUUCAUCACCCAAAAUUGGGACAAAUUUCAAGUCAUUUGAUACUUAAUGCACACUUUGACCAUUCCUGUUCUGGUAAAAGUAGCAUUGCAAAGGCUUGGAAUGGUGGCAUUUUCAUGUAUUUUCCAGACACUGUAACCACUGAUACCUUAGGAAAGUAAAACUUAGUAUAUAUUAAUCUAAAUUUUGACUCAAUUCAGGCUCAUCUCCCAUUUAGCUUUUAUUUGAACAGAUUGUUUUGUUAGCUAAUCGUGAGUUAGUAUCUGACCACAAAGUUCCUUUAAGAAGGUUUAUAUCCAGUAAUAUUGCUAGUGAAGGUCUCGCAAUCAUUGACUCGCGACUAAAAUGUAAUUUUUGUACAAACGUUAUGUCUAUUUUUUUAUAUGGAUGGGCGGAUGAAUAGGUAUCUUCUGUGUUAAUUUUUAUGUAUCAUAGACUGACCGAGAAAAAAGAAGAUAUUUAAAUAUAUAUUCUUGUGUGUUUUUCUGCAGGAUCUCCGGUUACAAUGGCUGGUUGUGCAACAGAAAACAUGAAAAAAUCACAAGGAAAAGCUGCCUUCUGGGGGGAUUCCAUCCAAGUGUCACGUUUUAAAGCUUUCAAUGGAGGGAUGUCAUUGCAGGCUGGCUGUCUGCCAACAAUCUUGGCUAUACUCACAGCUAUGAAGAUACGUUCAACUGAAUAAAAGCACAACAUAUAAAUCACAAUUUGAAAUUUUCUACUUUUCUCAGCCUGUUUAAAAAAAAAAUUAAAAAAAAUUGUACAAAAAUAAAUAAAAAUAAAAUUAUUAGUGGAUCCGGGCAACCAUGCACAAAGCUAGCUUGUGCACUGAAGGAAACUUAGUGAAUACAAAGUUGUAAUUAAUUAAAAUAUAGUAGUUUUGUUUUCUGUUUUAUUUUGUGACUGAAGAAUCAGACUUGCUGACUGUAACGUUGUAAUGUUGAGUGAUUGACAAGAGGAACUAACAAGUCAUUUUUAUAACAGAAUACUGUGUACAGAAAACAGGAAGCGAUACAAUAACACAGAUGCCAAAUUUUCGUCCUUUAGCUGCAAGUACCCCUUAAAUCAUAACUUUAAUUCUAUAAAGAUUUGUUUGUUUUUUCUGCUAUCUUGUUUUAAUGGAAAAUAAAUAAAUAUAUGUACUAUACUUCAUCUACCAUCACGUGUUAAUCUACCAGUAACAUUCAUUGUGGACUAUUAAAUCUCUCGAAAACAAAUACAUGGUGUUUACAUGUAUUUUGUAUACAAUAUAAUUUUUUUAAGAUAAUUUUUUUAAGAUAUAACUUGAAUUUGUACUUUGUUGGAUAGUUAAAAAUUAAAGCCAUGUAUAAUACACAUAUAUUAUGAUAUUCUAAAGUUAAUUCACCAUUUUUUUUUAUUACUAUGAUACUGUAUGAACAGAUUUAUAACUGAUUGUAUAAUUGCAUUUAUUCACUAAACAGUGAAUUAUCAUGAAUUAAAACUGACCUGUGUUUAUGCUAAAACAGAUGACAUGAUUUGGAUUAUAAUUUUCGCAGAUUUUCUUCCAAUUCUACUGUCUGGUGACUCUGGUCCAAACACUUGUAAUUCUCUUGCCAAAUUUUCUCAGUUUAGAUUAGUAAAAAGUUCUGGUAUAGAUUACCCUGAAACAAUAUAAAUGCAAUAGUAUGAAUAAAAUUGCUUGGUAUGCAUUGUGAUAAAAUAUAAUAUAACUGCUUGCUUUAAAUUUUUUUUUAUCAUUUUGAUACAAUACACUAGAAAGUUUCAGCUGUAUAGUUCGAUACGAAAAUAAAAAUAAAAUACUGUGGGCUGAAUUUCCAUAGCAGAGAAAGGAUUUAUGCUUACUGAAUAUCACUUUUCCCACAGACUUUAGUGGCAAUAUUGCUAUUUAAAGAGUUACUCCAAGGACCAUUACCACUUAAGUAUUUUGAAGUGGUCAUGGUGCUAGGAGUCUGUGUGUGCAGUGGUUCUGUUUGAAACAUUGCACAUUCAGAGAUAUAGCAGCUAUCUUUGAGCGGUGUUAGUCCACCUCUUGCAAAGUCAUUAGCCAGGCCAGAAUGAGAUUUCCACGCUGGCUCAUGUUAAAUCUGUAGAUAUUUGACAUCUGUCGUCAGCAUGCAGAGCCCCAUGCCACCCAAAACCUUUCCAUGCAGUGAAGAGAGGAUCAGCUGCAGAGAGAAGUUUUUAAGUUUAAUAAGAAGUCGCUGUGCGUCCGUUCUACUGUAUUUACUUAUAUUUUGCUUUAAGAGCAUACUCUAUGAUUAUGUGAUGCAGUAUUUACUAUAAUUAACCUUUAUUACUGGAUUGUUUUAAAAAAAAAAAAAAAAAGGAUGAACAGAGAAUCUAUUGUAACUUUAAUUAAUAGCUACAGAACAAGUAUUUUCUUUUUUCAGGAGAAACAGGGCUUUAAUUUAUCAUUAACUAUUCAUAUAUGGAACAUAAUUUAUUAUGAAUAAAAUUUAAAAAAAUGUGAGAAAAUAAGAUUUUUUUUUUUUUUUAAUUUGUAUUCCCGUCUGACAUUUUAGCUGUGAAUGUCAUAAUACUGUUAUCUUUUGAUGAAUAAUUUACAUUGAAUAGCUAGGUAGGGAGCGUUUGAAGAAUCUGG